AUGAAUCGAAUAUUAAUAUUACAGAAAACUUGUCAAAAUCUUGCCAAAAGUAAUAAUUUAUUACAAACAGAAUGUGAUCAUUAUUGUCGCCAAUUUCGUACAUAUCAAUUUUUAUUUACACAAGAAAAACUUGUACGUCAACGGCUUUCACGAUUAUUGACAUCAAAUCAACGUGAACUUGAAUAUCAUAAACGCUAUUGUUGUCAAAUUAAAAAUAAUUAUCGACAACAUUCAUUAUCAUUGACUAAAACAAGAAAAAAACGUCAAAAAAUCCGUACAACAUUAUCAACACAAUCAACAAAUACUAAUCGUAAUAAUAAUCAUCUUCAUAUUGAACAUAAUCAAUGGAAAAAAUGUUCACAACCAUUUGUUUCUGUUAAAUGUAAACAACAACAACAACAAAAUAUUGAUAAUGAUGAUGAUCAAGAUAAUGGCCAGAAAACAUUGAUUAUUGAUACAAAUCAAUCAGCAAAUCAUGUUGCAAAUGUAGAGAAAAAAUCCAAUCUUGUAUUAUCUGAUUCAAUGAGAAAAUGUAUUAAUUUUUCAAGAUCAUUAAUAAAAUUAGACGAUAUGAAUGAAGACAGUAACAAUGUGGUUAUGAUUGAAAAUUGCAAUUCAAUCAACAAUGAUAUGAAAAAAAAUGAACAGGUAAAACAAUUGAUUAUGGUUAAAAAAACACAUGAAUUUCAUGGAAUAUUUUUCAACAUGACAAUUGAAAAUGGUGUUAUCAUACGACAAGUUGCCAAUAAUAGUGAAGCAUAUAAAGCUGGUCUACGACAAGAUGAUCGUAUAUUAGAAAUAUGUGGAAUCAAUAUGCGUAUGGCUAAUUAUAAAUGGGCUGAAAAAAUAAUAAAUGAAUGUGAAGAAAAUGAAAUUCCAAUCAAAAUAAAUUCUACGACAAAUCGAUAUGAAACAGAUAUGAAUUUAACAAUGAUAAAAAAUUCCAAUAAUAAUCGAAAAUUAGUUACGAAACGAAGUACAUUAAUACGAAGAAAUGCAUUUAAGCGUAAGAAUCGAAUAUUACAUCCAUAUUUUGAUAGAAAACAGAAUGAACAAUUGGCUUUGUAUCAGAAUCAUUUUCUGAAUGUAACAUUACCACGUCGUAUACAUUUACGGCCAUUGUUUGCAAAUAAAUUAAAACUUUGUGGAGGUAAUGCUGUCGGCAUAUUUGUUCAUACGAUUGCUGAAGAAUUGAAAAAUUUUCUACAAAUUGGUGAUCAAAUACUUGAAUAUAAUAAAUACGAUCUAACACAAGCUACAGCAGAAGAUGCAGCAUUACAUCUAGCUGAACCGAUUGCACAAAACAUUCAAACUGCUGAACUGGUGGUUUUGUUCAAUAUCGAUGUAUUUCAACAAAUUCAGGAUAAUCCUAUUGGCGAUUCAUUUUAUAUUCGAGCUGAAUUUAGUCGAUCAUCAUGUAGUAGUUCAUUACAAUUUAACAAGGGCGACAUCUUGUAUGUGGAUAGUACAUUAUAUGAUGGCAAACCAUGUAAAUAUUGGCGUGCAUGGAAACUUGAUCCAUUUGGACAACCAAUUGAAAAUGGUCAUAUACCAAGCAAAUAUAAUGCCGAAUGUGAAAUGUUUCGACGAUUAUUUUGUUCGAAUAAUGAUGAUAUGAAAAGUUUUCGAUCAAUUCGUCAGCUAUUUCAAAGAUUAACAUCAAACAAAUCUUACAAUGAAAACGAUACACGGCUACUUGCAUCAUUUUCUUAUAUGACAAAUAAUAAUAAUAAUGUUCAAGAUAAACAGAUUGAUGAUCAUAAUUCAUUUGAAUGUAUUGAUAAUCUUCAAGCAUAUCGAAGAGUUCAAAUGAUUGAACAGACUAAACCAAGACCGGUAAUCAUAUUUGGUCCAUAUAGCCAUACAAUUGGUAAACGUUUGGAAAUGCAAUUUUCAUCAUUGUUUCAAUUAUGUCAGAAAAAAACCGAAACAAUGAUUAUGAUGGCAUCGAUUAAAGAUUUUGAAAGAAAAAAAGAUGAACAUUAUAUUUCUUGUGCACAUCGUGAAGAUGGUUCAGGUGAUUUUAUUUCAUUGACAAAUAUAAUGGAAAUUAUAAAUCAAGGUAAACAUCCAGUCAUAACAGUAACUGGUAAUAGUUUGGAUGAAUUCCAUUCACAACAAAUCUAUCCAAUUAUUAUUGAACUUAAUUUUCGUACGGCUAAACGAAUGAAAAUUGCCGUGAAUAAACAUUGGAAUCAUACUAGUAAAAUAUCAUUACGUACAGCUAAAAAUAUUCAUAAACAUCAUAGAAAAUUAUCUAAACAAUUUGAAAAUAUUGAACAUGUUAUUCUAAAUGCUGAUAUUAAUCUGAUGGCUAUUAUUGCAAUGAUUAAAUUGCACGUGCUUCGUGAACAAAACAAACUUAUUUGGACCGAUGCAUCAUCAUGAAUCAUCAAUAAAUUUUUCAAGGCUAAAAAAAA